CACGUUUUUAUAUACUCCGUCUAUUACACGUCAUUAUAUAUUCAUUUUUUACGCAUGUGCUCAUAAUAAUUCCGGGUAUAAGGAGCCGUGUAUUCCUUAAUUUGGUCCAUCCUGAAGAAAGAACUCAUUUUACUUUAUUUCAGAAUCAAAUCAUUCUGGAUUUCUAUCGCCGGGAAAGGAUGAGUUCGCCGGACGUGGCUGAUUCCGGCAGGUUUCCCGGCCAGAAAUCGAACUUCUCCCAGACAUGCACCCGGCUGAGCCAGUACUUGAAGGGGAGGGGUUCUUUUGGUGAUCUCAGUCUGGGUAUUUCCCGGAACUCUGAAACUUCCGGGGUUCCGCCGGCGACCCAGACAAUGAAUCUGCUCCCCAUGAUUGAGAAAUCGGGUCAUGGAACCAAACCCAUGUCCGGGUUCACUGACUUUGGAUCCACUUUUAACAAAGAUGAGGCUAAUCAGAAGAUCGAUUCAACUCAUUCAAGUGUGGCUAGAGCAGAGCCUGAGAAGUCGCAAAUGACGAUAUUUUAUGGGGGUGAGGUGUUUGUGUUCAAUGACUUUCCAGCACAAAAGGCUGAAGAAAUUUUGAGUUUGGCUAGACAAGGAAACAACACACAGAAUCCCAACAUCUUUUCCUAUAAAAAUUCAACUUUCCUGCCCGCGAAACCGGCAGAAUGUUCAGCUACCAAUGCGGUGGCUUCCCCCGCUGUUCAGCCAAUUACUUCUGACCUGCCCAUUGCGAGGAGACAUUCACUUGCUAGGUUCUUGGAGAAGAGAAAAGAUAGGAUUAUUUCAAAGGGACCAUACCAGAUGGGUGGCAAAUUGGUGGCAGCCUAUUCAUCCAAACAAAAAGAUCAUGACAAGUCGUGGUUGGGCUUGGGAGCUCACCUUUCCAUCAAAACUGAACCCCACUCUUAACUUUUUUUGGUGCUUUGCUAAUCAAUCAAUUACUCCAAGUUUGAUGUGUAAACAUUAAUAGCUGAAGCAGCUAAUAUAUGCUUAAAAGUCACUCUUGCUUUCAGAUCUAAUGGCAGCAUCUGCUAGUUUAUAUGAACCGUCCGAUCCAUGUUCGGAUAGUUGCGAUCCAACAAUUCACCAAUAACUGGUUGUCGGAUUCGAAGACGUGUUUAAUUACCAUAGUUAAGUUCUUGAUGUUUC